CAGCGCAUGAUCGGCGCUCCGAAGUCGCCCGGCCGCCAGUACCUCGGCCGCUCUCGACGCACGCACGCGUCUCUGCUAACAAACAUCCCUACAAAGGGCCCUGUGAAAUUAUGACUGACAUCGCCCCUCAGAACCUUACACCCCAACAAAUCUAGUGUAACAACCCCACCCUCACUCUACUAUGCAAAUAGCUGCACGACGUUUUACUAUAUAGAGUUGUGAACACUGAUUUGAUUGUGACCGUUUACACCUGUGGUACUUAAAAUGAUUCAAGACACCGAUGCUUCAGCUCUGGCUGAACGAAUAGCCGCCUUCAAGAGCGAUCCGCAAAAACUACGUGAAGCCACUGAAUUCGUAGACGAACUCAUUCAACAGGCAAAAAAAGAGGCUGAACUUAAACAAAAAGAGAAAGACAGAAGUAAAUUCGAUCCACAAGACCCAGCGGCGGGUAAUCUGAAGAGGCGUCUCGGUCGCGCACGAGGCUUCGUGUUACGCAUGUUCGACGCCCUAUGCAAUUGCACGCAGACUGCCGCCGCAGCUGCACGGACCACUGCUCGCAACAACCCGUUCACUAAGCGCUAACCCGAUCACAUCUCACUUAAACCAAUCGAGAACGAAGACAGUGGUAGUGGUGCCGUGAAAAUAUUCUAAAAAACGCAUAAUUUAUCUAUGAUAUCCUUUAUGUUUUGAAUAAUGUUUGGAAAGCGUAUUAAAAUAUAAAAAUGAAAUUGAAUGCAGUCAUUGUUUACUAUGUUUGAUGGUGUAAAAAAAAUCGGCAUAUUAUUUUAAAGUACAAUUCAUUUUAAAGUACAAUUCAUUUUAAAGUACUUAUUUUUUUAUUCAGGACAUAAAGACAUAUUUUGUACGUAAAAAAUACACACAUUUUUGUAAAAAAUUGAAUGUUGAUUAUCACAAAUCGAAAAGUAUCGAUAUUCAAAGGGAAGCACAGGUAUAAGGUACGGUAUUUAAAUUUUGUUCAAGAGGUCCAUAGAUGUGUCCAUAAAUAUACGACUUAUGAUUUUCUAGUAUUUUGAGGUACUAAUAUUGAAAGCCGAUUACAAAUGCGCAUAAUAAAGAGCAUUUUCUAA